AUGCUUCUAUUAAGGAAAUCAAAACAGGAGAGGAGCCAGCUUGCUGAUACAUCGGCCAUCUAUUCUUCAAAACUUACAGUCACUGAUACAAACGGACAAGAUAGCACCUUCUCAGAAAUCACUGGAUUCGGCAAUAGUGAUAGAGAGCCAUCAAUCUUUCCAACAUCAAGGCCGCAGACGUCACUCGGUACCCCUACUGUACCGCCUCGCAGCAAUAAAAGGCCUGCAAUGAGGUUUAGAGCCGCAUCUCUGGAAUUUAAUAUCCUUGAACUGAAUAAGGGGAAUAUAUCUCUCACAUCGUCUUCGUUACAAGUCACGGAUCCACAUGAAGUCUACCUCUCAAGUGAGGAAGAUGCCUCAAUUUCAGACUACGAUGAAAGCUCACUUUUUGAAUUGGAUGACUCAGACGUCGAUCCCAUUCCUAUAUCUUGUGAACAUAUAAAUCAGUGCUCGCAGGAAGUCAUCGCUAGAGCUAUAUCGUUUCGCGUGGCUGGCAAGCCACAAAUUGUAGAGAUAAACAAUUCAUCCGCCGAAACUUCACCAAGUCUUACAGUAGCAUCAUCGAAUACUUCUUCAAAGAGAUCCUCAGUAUCAGAUUUACACACAUCCUCUCUCCUCGACUCACGAAAAUCUAUCUAUCACACCAGGAACUAUGCACAUUCUACGUCACCUACACAUAUCGCAACGCCACACACACAAACUAGUUCUUUCGUUUUUAAUCUUACACAUGAAGGCUUGCUACGCUCAUCUGAGACUCCUGAAUUUAUUGCUCAUUAUGAGCCCUCGAAUCAAACACCGUCCCUAUCUCCUUCGCUAUCAAUACCAGAACGGUCUGUAGAUAAAGAAUUACAAAUGAUAUUGCCAUACAUAGAUUCAUCUAAACCACCAUCUGAAAACGGCUCAAGUGUUGCUUCAAAGUCGCCAGGACGAUCAGCGGUCGCUGCUUGGAAACGCGUUUCUCGGAAUAUUAGGAAUACAAGUGUGGUAAAACUAAGUCUCGGUUACCCAACAGGAACGGGGGCCAGUAAAUUAUGUCAUAGAACUAAAACCCCUCCAAGAAUCAUAGCCUCGGAUACCGAGAAAUCAUUGUCCAAUAUUGGUGCCAGCAACGAAAACAAUUCUGAUACGAUAGAGAAUAUAUCAAUUCCACAUACUCCUAUCCUCAAGAGCCCCAAGUCAGAAAGAAGAGGAAUAGCAUUGUCGUUUUGGGUAUCAAAAGAAGCUGAUUGA